AUGAAGCACAGAGAUAUAGCACUCCUCAAGCUCAGAUCUAUGCUAGGUACACCAUAUGCUGGUGGUUCUGAAGAAACGUGGGUAAAAGAAAAUGGUCCCUUAGAUGCUGAUCGAUCUGGACAAUCUGCUGAAUCAUCGAGGCAAGCAAAGAGAAUGCACGCCUUAGUUGAUGGUUAUCACCGGGGACGACCAUUUACUACCAUACGAAAUGAGAUUAUUAAUGCAGCCAUCAACUUCCUUGAGCAAAGAUUGGACAAUGAGCAGGAAGGUAUAAUGAAAAACAUUGUUGACAUCUGUGGUGCAAAAUCAAUAAAUGAGUUUCUUGUUGCCUCAAGACCACUACUCAAAUGCGCAGGUAUAGUUGGUGAUGAUGUGAAGGAAUUUACUGACACUGUUUUCGAGAUAUUUGACAAUCUGAAACCUAAUUCACACGUUUUGGAAAAAGAUUACACAGUCAGGAUAUUAUAUAUGCUAAGGUAAGCUGUGUUGCUAAAAAACAACGUAACUUUUGAUAAUUGAGAUAUAUAAUAUUUUUUUAUUUAUUUUUGUAUUUUCAGACAUAGCACUGGCUUAGUAAGAAUCUGCUGUCUGCAAUAGUGGUGAUUUCACCUGAUAGCAUGACAGUUGAAAGAAGUGUUGCAACAUAUAAUAUUCUGUACUCGAAGCUGAGGACAACAACAAACCAGAAAACGUUAAAUGAUAGAAUGAUCAUAGCCUGGAACGGUGUCCCAACGGCUUCAUAUGACCCAAGGCCAGCCGUUGUAUCCUUUUUCAACAAGAAAGAAAGAUGCAAUGCAAGGCCAUGUCUUGAGACAUAUAAACAACGAGAUUUUAUUGCAAACUUUUUUUCUUGAAAAUUUCAAGUUAUUAAAGGUGCUGUCAAGUCCGUAAUGUAAACAAACGCUUUGUUUACAUUUCAAACUGCUAGACUAACUGAAUAUAUAACACUGUUCUGGUUUAGUAUGCUUGUAAAUGAAUAUAAACCAGAGUUUCAAUUCAGAAAAAGUUCAAAAGAUGUAAAAUCAUCUGUGGGUCCCCCUUUGUUAUGAGCAGAACCGAUGCGCAGAAUGGACUUGACAGCAUCUUUAAGAGUUAUAGCUGUACGAUUAUAGCUACAAAGACUUGAAGUUUUUGUUUAUAUUAUUAAAGUAAAAUAUAGCUGAAGUUAAUAAAUUAAAGUUGUACAAUAUAUCUUUUCAGACUUGUGUGUUCCCCAACCUCCACGGCUCAUAUUUUUCGUUCUGCCUUUUUUUCCUAUUUUGCCCCCAACACUGAUUGAUCACAUAUAUACAAAUGCACCAAAUAUAGAUAUAAUUAGUAAAAUUAUAACCGCUGAUAUUUCAGACCAUCUGCCAAUUUUUUGUAUGACAGAUGUUCAGAUUAGCAGAUAUAAAAAAGAAGUUUAUUAUCAUGACUAUAAAAACUUUAAUACUGAAGCUUAUAUGAAUGAUAUGAACUCAUUUGUAUGGAACAAUAUGUCUGAACCCAGUCUAAAUCUAAAUAGUAAAGCAGAAAAAGUAAUAGACAGUAUUAAAUGUAUUAUUGAUAAACAUGCUCCAAUCUUUGGCAGAUUUUUUUGAGAACACAAUAAAUACUCACCUUCUACUAGUUUUAUUAUGUCCCCUGUGAAUUAGACAAAUGUAUCUUUACUUUUCUCUCAAUUAAAUUCCAACAAAGCCUCUCUCGAUAUUCGUAAUAAGUAAUAAAGAUAGCUUGUAGACCACUCGCAGUGCCAUUUACACUAUUGUAUAAUGCAUCUAUAGCAAGCGGCAGUGUACCAGAAGUGCUGAAAAUCUCAAAAGUUAUUCCAAUUUAGAAAAAUGGAAUAACGACGGAAUCAAACAAUUAUAGACCUAUUUCGAUCCCAUUGACGCCAUAGCGAUUGUCAUGGCCCAGAGACGCCAUAUACCAUAAAGCCUUCCGGGCAUGAUACAAUAUUCCAACAUGGUGACUCGCAUAAGGAAUGAGGACUGGGAAGGCGAUAUGGAGUUAAAAUACGACAUUAAAGCGUACGUUGCCCAGAAUUUGCGUCAAACAGAAAUUGUGGAUUUCUUGAAAGUGAAGUAUCCGAUGUAUGCAUGGAGUGUAAGAACUCUCUCACAUCGCAUGCAUCAUUUUGAUAUAAAAUACAUCGAAUAUGACACAAAUAUUGACGAUGUCACAUGUGCUGUGGAAGAAGAGAUGAAUGGGCCAGGAAGAUUCCUAGGCUAUCGUGCUUUUCACAAGAAGAUUCGUGAAGUACACACAUUGAAUGUUCCAAGAAACGUUGUGUACAACGUGAUGACCAAUGUCAACCCUCAAGGUUUACAAGACAGAGGUGGUGUGGGACAACCGAAACGCCAACAAAGAAAAGGACCGUUCACAUCGACUGUGUCAGAUACUGUGGUAAAAUAUAAUUAAGAAUUGCAGGAAAUUCUGUUUUAGAGACAUCUGGAUUGAUUAGAUAAGUAGAUUGACAUUUAUAAUUGCAUGAACUCAAGUAUUUUAUAAUUAACUGUUUUGUUUGUACAUAGCUAGGGAACAUUGAUUGAUCACAUGUGCUUUAAAUAUUUAUGUAAUCUAGUUUUUUGUUAGUUGAACAAUUAUGGUGUUGGGUUAAAUAAAGGGAAAAUCAUAACUAUUAUCACGAUUCAUAACAGACUGUAAGCAUAUUAAAAAAUGUUCAUAAUUUGUUACACUAGAACAUUAUAUUAAUAUAUGUGAUGAUUUUCUCAUUCAGGGAGCUGAUUUUACAAUGUCACUUGAUGGGCAUGAUAAAAUAUGUGGUUUUCAAAAGUCUACGUUCCCACUGUGCAUUUAUGGUGCCCAGGAUACUUUCAGCAGCAGAGUAAACUUCCUGAGAGUAUGGACUUCCAACAAUAAUCCAAGCAUUGUUGGUAGAUUCUACUUCGACUAUUUAUUUGAAAGAAGAG